AAGAAGAGCCUGAGAAACGAAAAUGAACCCAGGGGCUUAUUGAGAUUGAGAAUCCAAAUUUGGCUAAACAAAAGAAUGUCAAAGCUAAAGAUGUUGAUAUGGGGAAAAAAGACUGAACUAUCAAGGCGUGAAAGUGAGGAGAUAGAAAAGCAAAAAGCACAUGAACGAUAUAUGAAGUUGCAGGAACAAGGGAAAACUAAGCAAGCAAGAAAAGAUUUAGAGCGCUUAGCCCUGAUAAGGCAACAAAGGGCAGAUGCUGCUAAGAAGAGAGAAGAGAAGCGAGAGAACAGAAAAAAUUUGAAGCUCGCAAAUAACCAGGGUAAGGAAUCAUUAUGAUCAGUUUACCAUCAGUUUCCUUAUAUCUUUAUAUUUGACCUUUACUGAAGCUUUUAUCCUGCAUAAAAAAGGUUUUGAAGCUGGUUGAUACUAUCAAUUUUCUAACCUUAGUUGUACUUUAUAGCUGCUUUUGGAUCAUCUCAAAUUACAUGUUUCUUAAGAAGGAUACUCUUUUGUACCUACAUUGAAACAUGCUAAACGUGUGAACCAACAGCAUAGAUUUGGCUUGCAAGGGAUAUCUUAUGCUAAGUGAGGAGGGUUCAUGUAGAUCUCGUAAUUUUAAAUAUGAAACGA